CGGCGGCGGAAGAUGGAAGGAGCCUCCUUCGGAGCGGGCCGGGCGGGCGGCGCCGUGGACCCCGUGGAUUUCCUCAAGCAGCCGCAGACCAUCCUCCGGGUGACGGCCUGGAUCUUCUCCAUCGUGGUGUUUGGCUCCAUCGUGAACGAAUGCUACGUGAACAAGGACAGCCAGGACCCCGAGCUCCUCUGCAUCUUCAACCAGAAUGAGAGCGCCUGCAGCUACGGCAUCGCCGUUGGCAUUAUUGCCUUCUUUGGCUGCAUCUUCUUCUUCGUUGUGGACCUCUACUUCCAGCAGAUCAGCAGCGUGAAGGACCGCAAACGGACCGUCCUGCUGGACCUCGGCUUUUCAGGUUUCUUGUCCUUCCUGUGGUUUGUAGCUUUCUGCUUUCUCGCGAACCAGUGGCAACGGACAACGAUGAGCAAAGGGGUUCAACAGGGAGCAGACGCCGCUCGGGCAGCGAUCGCCUUCUCCUUCUUCUCCAUCAUCACCUGGGUCGCCCUGGCGGCGAAGGCGCUGCAGAGGUACCGCCUGGGCACGGACAUGUCGCUCUUCGCCACGGAGCAGUUCGCGGGCGACGCCGGCGCGGCGUACCCCGGCUACCCCGCCGGCAGCGGCGUCGAGAGCGCGGAGACCUACCAGAGCCCCCCCUUCACCGAGACCCUAGACGCCAACCCGAAAGGCUACCAAGUGCCGGCGUACUGAGGGACGGCGGGCGGCCGCCGGGGCCGGGCGGCUCGUGCCUGGCUGCGGUGCGGUCGGUACCGUUCCCCCGCCGUGGCGAGUCAGCGCUGGGUUCCCUCCCGUUAGCUAGUUGUGCGGUGAACUCUGUACAGUGGUCUUGGUUCUUGUCUCCCCCGUCCCAGGGGUUUUGAUUAAAGCAGUGUUCCCUCUAAGCCGCAAGGGAGGCGGGUCGCUCCCGCCGGCCGCCCGCCCGCCCGCUCCUUCCCGGCGGCUCCC